AACUAUAGCAAUCAACUUGACGGAAUUACUGACAUUGCAUUAUGGCUAGUGAAAAUGAAAAACAUUGGUUUUUUUGAUUCUUCUAUUCAACGGUUGAUUUUCAUUUCAAUUUUUACACCCAUAAUAGAAUUAGCCUUCUCUUUGGAAUGUAUUUACUGCCCCACGCAUUCUACGGAGGAUGAAUGCAAGGAAAUGGAUAUGACACAAAUUUGCAUUAACGAAACGAAAUGCGGAUAUGCAAGAUUCAUUGAAGAAAAAAAAGAUAUCGGAGAACUAUAUCCCCAUCAUUUAAGCAAGCAAAUCCUCAGCGUGACCGUGAAAAAGGGAUGUAUGGACGAGGACUAUUGUACGAAACUUCAGCAAAAACGUGAUACUUCGCUCGAAUCUCCUGAUAUUUCGACCAAAUCUCCUGAUACUUCGACCAAAUCUCCUGGUACUCCGUUCAAAUCUCCUGAAUGUAUCUUUUGUGAGGAGGAUCUUUGCAUUUUGCAGUUCCCAAUCCUUUGUGUGGAGUGCAAUGAAGUAGAAGAUAAGUACUGUCCAAUAAAAACGGAACCAUUCGUGUCUUGUCCAACCGGCGAGGUUUGCUCUAGACAGAUGGUUAAGGCGGAGAAUUACACUCAAAAAAGAGGCUGUAUGGAUCCAGCACGCUGUCAAAAUGAUCAUCUUUGUGAAUAUUGUAACAAUGAUAUAUGCUGGACUGAUCCAAUUAAAUCGCCCUUUCAAAAACACCUUGAAGUCGUUGAGGAAAAUAAAACGAUGCGAGCAAAACAUGCAAAAGUUACCCCCCAUAAUAAUUCCGACAUUCAAAAGUUGAGCUCUCGUUUGAUUAUCAUUGUGGUUGUGAACUUGUACGUAGUAUUGAUAUAAUUUAAUUCAUGAAUAGACAUAUAAUGUGUAAAAUAGUCUGUGUUGGUUUUUGUGUAACUAACAAAUUCAGAAGUGUAAUAAAAUUAUAGAU